AUGGAAAAGCUCAUCCCACUUUUCAAUAAGCUGCAAGAAGUCUUAAUAUCUGCUAAUAUUUCCCACAUCAUCAGUUUACCACAAAUAGUAGUCGUGGGAUCUCAAUCUUCAGGCAAAAGCAGUGUUCUUGAAAGUAUUGUCGGUAGAGAUUUUCUUCCUCGAGGCUCUGGGAUAGUAACAAAAUGCCCUCUCCGUUUAAAACUCGUAAAAAGUCAAGAAACUCACGAAUAUGGAAUUUUUAAGCACAUCCCAGACACAUUUUUUGACAACUUUGAUGACAUCCGUGAAGAAAUAAAAAAUCGAACCGCAGACCUUGUAGGCAAUGGUAAAUCGAUUUCUACGAAACCUAUAGAGUUGACUAUUUAUUCUCCUAAUGUCCUUGAUAUCACUUUGGUUGAUUUACCAGGAAUAGUUAAGAUCUCAGUUUCAGGGCAAAGUAAUGAUAUUGAACAGAGCAUCCGUAAUAUGAUUAUUGAGUAUAUUUCAAACCCAGAUACCAUAAUAUUAGCUAUUUCAGCUGCUAAUAAUGAUUUAGCCAAUUCAGAUGCUUUACAGCUCGCCCAUCAUGUAGAUCCAAACGGAGAAAGAACUAUUGGAGUGCUCACAAAAAUAGAUAUCAUGGACCGAGGGACUGACGCUAUUGAUAUGCUGAAUGGCGCCGUUUUCCCGCUUAGGCUUGGAUAUGUAGGCGUCAUGUGCAGAAGUCAGGAAGAUAUCAACAGAAACGUGACAAUGAAGAAACAUCUUUUGAAAGAAGAAAAAUUCUUUAGAGAAAGCCCAGUUUAUGGGAGGUAUGCUGAUCGGUUGGGGAUCAAAUAUAGAAAUUUCCCAUAGAUGGCGCUGUUUGCCCUUGAUUUGCCCAUGAAGAAAAGUUUUUGGUUCAACCAAACCAUAUGGUACUGGUCGAACCAAAAAAUUGCCCCAGUGGGCAAAUCAAGGCAAACAGCGCCAUCUAUAGGAAAAUUUCUAUAUUUGACGAUGAGACUUAAUAAAAUAUUGCAAACUCAUAUAAAUAAUAGCAUUCCUGCAAUAAAGAAAAAAGUUCAUGAUGAGCUGGAAGCUAAUUUGGAGAAAUUAAAAGAGUAUGGGGAAGCUUUGUCAUCCAGAGAUGCAAAAACAGGAGUUCUGUUAAGUGUCAUACAAAAAGUAGCAAAGAGCUUUCAAGAAAAUAUUGAAGGGAAAAAUGUGAGAAAUGUCACAGAAGAACUUAUGGGUGGAGCCAGAAUUAAUUAUAUUUUUCAUCAAAUUUUUGUCAGCGGGAUUUCAAAGAUUGAUCCAUUACAAGAAUUGAAUGAUCAAAAAAUAAGAACUGCGGUCAUGAAUGCAACAGGACUUGGAAGCUCUUUGUUUGUUCCUGAAUCUGCUUUCGAAAUUUUAAUCAAAAGCCAAAUCCCAAGAUUGCAUGAACCUAGCUUGAAUUGUAUGAAUUUGAUAUAUGAAGAACUGAAGAGCAUUAUGAGCAAAAUUGAGAUUCCUGAGCUUGAGAGAUUUAAAAAGCUGAAAGAUGCUGUUUCAGAAGUAAUAAACCAGCUCUUAGCAUCCAGACUUAAACCAACUAGGAAAAUGAUAGAUCGUUUAAUUGACGUUGAAGGUGCUUAUAUCAAUACACACCAUCCUCAAUUUAUCGGUGGUUCUAAGGCUCUUGUAACGGCUCAAAGCCAAUUAAGGCCAGCUGCCCAAGAACCUCUAAUUGACAAAAGUAUCCUUCCGCAGCCCAUCAUCCAGAAGAAAAAAGAGGAAACAAUUAUGACAUCCUCUUCUUGGUUCUCAUUCAGGGCUCAAGAUGCCCCUAAGUCUGACCAAGAGGAAGAAAAAAUCCCUGAAAAGCCGAAAAUUAGCUUCGAUUUCGUUGGUCCUCCGUCAAAUCUGCAGCCAUCGUCAAAAAUGACACCUGAAGAAAAAGAGCAAAUUGAGAUGAUAAAAAUUUUGAUAAAAUCAUAUUUUGACAUUGUCAGGGUAAAUAUCGGGGAUUUAGUGCCAAAAACGAUUAUGGGAUUUUUGGUGAACAGAUCAAAAGAUGAGCUUCAAAGAGAGUUGGUUAAGAAAUUGUAUAAAGAAGAGCAGUGUGACGAGUUGUUGGAGGAGUCUGAUGGGAUUACACAGGAAAGAGAAAAAGCCCACGAGGCUGCAGACGGGCUGAGAAAGGCAAUUCAUAUUUUGAAUGAAGCAAGAUUAAGAUUAUAUGGCCAUAAGCCAGAAUUUAAGAGGUAAAACCUGUCAAGUCCACCUGACAGGGACAGAAAACAAAGCUUCCCUCUUCGGCAAUACAUCUUUAAACCUGAAGACCUGCUUCAAAAAGAGACAGAGCCCUAUUUUCAACUUUAUCAGGAUGAUUCCAACCUGCUCCAUAGGGAGUGCGCCUUGAUACCAAUCUUUGCCUGUGUCGCCAUUUUCUUUUUUGAAUGAAGUAAGGGAGUAUAAAAUUAGUGAGUAA